ACAAACGGAGACGAAAGGGCCAAGAUGGGGUCGUCUUACAUGGCUUAUUUCGAGGAGAUGAAGAGCUACUUCCAGACACACAAUAAGCAGAAGGAGUACAUAGGACACAAUUCCAAAGUCCACACCAUCGGCUGGAAUGCAGAUGGGAGAAGACUGGCCUCGGGGUCUUAUGAUAAAUGCGUGACGAUUUUUGUGUUUGACGUCCAUAGGGAGACGCUGAGGAAAGACUACACAUACAAGGGCCAUGGUGACAGUGUGGACCAGCUGUGUUGGCAUCCCACACACUCAGAGCAGCUCACCUCGGCCAGUGGGGACAAGACAGUCAGAAUAUGGGACACGAGGACACACAAAUGCUCUGCCACUAUAAAUACGAAAGGUGAGAACAUCAACAUCACAUGGUCCCCAGAUGGCCAGACGAUUGCCGUCGGAAACAAAGAGGACCUGGUGUCGUUCAUAGACGUCCGCAGCCAAAAGAUCCGCCACGAGCAGCAGUUCAAGUUCGAGGUCAAUGAACUGUCGUGGAAUAAUGCAAAUGACCUCUUCUACCUCACCAAUGCUCAAAGUGGGCAAGGAUAUAUUCAUAUAUACAAUUACCCAGAGAUGGAGUUGGUGCAUUCCAUCCACGCCCAUCCAGGCAACUGCAUCUGUAUUAAGUUUGAACCCCAAGGUAGAUACUUUGCCACAGGGUCUGCUGAUGCUCUCGUUUCUAUAUGGGAUGCUCAGGAACUCUACUGCAAGAGGACAUUACCCAGAUUGGAGUGGCCUGUUCGUACUUUGAGCUUUUCCUACGAUGGCCAGCUCUUAGCAUCAGGAAGCGAGGACCAGACCAUAGACAUAGCUCAUGUUGACACCGGGGAGAGGGUUGCACAUAUUAGUGUGGCUUAUCCAACCUUUACCUUAGCCUGGCAUCCACGACUCUUCCUUCUGGCAUACGCCUGUGACGACAAGGAUGACCGUGAAAGAGACCGAGACGCAGGAACGGUGAAGCUUUGGGGUCUGUCAGGGGAACGAAGCUGAUUUCUGGUCUUAUGUUUGGGUUUUGAUGGAUGUGAUUUUUAUUUUUAUUCUUUAAGUUUGAGGAAGUGUGGUAGCGAGAGAGUACAAAAGGAAAGAGGGAGAGACCAUAUGGAUACCUUACACACCAGUCUUUUCUAAACAGAUGUUGUAAUGACAAGGUUGAUUUUGUUCAAUAAAAGUUAAGCAUAAUACUGUAUUGCUAUAUUAUGUUGUCAUUGAGUAUCUGUUAAAUGUUUGUAUCUUUUGAUACAUGGACACAAAUAAAGUCUUUUUAAAUA